AUGACAAGGCUUGACAAGAUAACACAGCGGCUCGACGUCUGGCUCGAUCCUUCCCCCAAGGGUUUCACUUUCGACCUCAUGGCAAGGAAACGUUAUGUGGUUUUGAUCAUUCCGCUAGUGUUCGUUAUCGUGUCGCUCGUCGUGGGCUUCUCUCGUCUCCAGCUUAUUGAAGUGCAUCAGAGGCCACCAAAAACGUCCAAGCUGCACUAUCUUGUCCCCUCGAGCUUCGUCAAUGAUCCCGUUUGCGCGGGUAUCAUUUCUGCUCUCGUCAACCGUUACCCCAUCCCAACUCUUAUCGGGUACAAAGGCGAGAAUGAAUUCGACGCUGUCGACCACCUGGCCAAGGUUCGUGUCAUCAACAGGUUCUUGAAAACUCUGCCUGCGGAGGAUGACGACCUGGUCAUCAUCGUCGACAGUUUUGACGUCUUGGCCCAGCUCCCCGUCGAGGUCACGCUUGAGCGCUACUUUGCGAUGUCGGCUCGUUCAGAACAACAACUGGCCGACCAACGAGGGAUCACCGUCGACGAGCUACACGAUCUCGGCAUUCGUCAGUCCAUCCUUUACGGCACGGGAAAGAUAUGUUUCGAUGCAAACCCGAACGAGCCCUUGUGCCCCUUUGUGCCUGGUUCAAACUCUGCUCGACAAAAGUUCGGCGUCAUGACUGGAGGAUUCAGUGACCCACGCUACCGAGACUCACGGUAUCUGAACUCUGGUACCAUCAUGGCACCUGUAGGCGAUCUGCGCAAGUUCAUGCAUGCCGUGCAGGAGCUGGUCGAAGCUGACGACGUCAUCGUUCCCCUCAAUGUGACCAGUAAUGGACGCUUCAGGCAUCACAUGGACCAGUGGUUUACCGCCACUCUUUACGUUCGCCAGGAGUACCACAGAGCUCUCGACAUGAACGAUGGAAAAUACCCUGGUAACUUGACCGGUGUCUCUGACCUCCCGAAGCCGAGAGAGAGCGCAAACGAUACGACUGAGUACCACAUCUUUGUUGAUUUCGACUCCUCCUUUACCCAGACGCAGUGUCACAACGAGCUCGAGAUUCAUCAGCUGACGUACAGCAACCACGACCUCACGUCGUCCGUUGCUAAAGACUUCAUGAACGAGGGCAAGGCAUUCAAACCGCAUGCUAUACAAAUGCCAGCAAGUAUUUACAAAGCCUUUGGUCGCGUCUGGGACAAGCUGUCACAUGUUCCAAACAUCACGCUCGUUCAGCCACCACGAGUCUGGAUUCAAAGCUUAGGAUUAGCGACAAACGUGGCCUCCGAGAGCAUCCAUGCCUUCUAUCACAACACCUGCUCCAAAACGAAGUUUCUGGAGACAUAUAAAACCUUUUGGUUCUUUCCGCUAGUUGUGCCGCUUCUCGAACUAGCUAAGAUGGAUCGAGACGACAUGCGACCACUCCAUUCAGGCCUGAUUGAUGGUCGAAUGUGGAUAGCCGCUCGAGAUUACCCACAAUCUCCCUCUGAAUCUGGACAGGAUGUCGAGGAAACAUAUCUGGGGGGCGUCUUCACGGAUCUUGCUGCAGAGCCGUUUCUGAAUCUGCCAACACUAUGUCGUGAAAAUUGGACAGACUUGAUCGGCAUCAAAGCUCAUGGAGGGUCGAGAUGA